GGGGUUCUGAAUGAGUUCAGCAGUGUUGUCUGUCUGAACCGGUGCUCACUCAACCAACUCAAAUGUUGAAUUUAUGUUCAGUUUUUAGGGCUCAGUAAAACAUGGACUUGACAACCUGUUUAUGGGCCUGACACUUGCUGAGACAUUUGCUGUCUUUUAAACUUAUACAUUCAUAUCUGGAUCUUGGAUCCCUGUAGGCCGUCACCUUCCCUCUCUCAUCUCUCGGCUCCAGGCGCGUUGCAGGCGGCCGUGCAUUUGCACACGGUGCACACGGUGGUUGGUAGUCACAAGGCUGCAUCACAUAUUUAGCUGUUUGCACCCUGACUGGUUUGAGGGGAUGUUCAGCGGCUGUUAAAACACUUUUCAAUAGGAGACAAUAAAGCCUAAAGGAGAAAACAACAAGACGCAGAAAUUAAGUUUGGAUAAACAGAGCUGAAGCUUUCUCACAAGUACUAAGUUUAAUUUGGGGUUUAGCGUGUUUUUGUUUUAGUCUGGGCUUAUUUUUUUUUUUAUUUUUUGUUGUUGUUGAGUUUUUUUAAAUAUCUGAUUUCCUCCAAGACAUCAAUCAUGUUCAAAAAGAAGAAUCCAGAGAGACUUCACCUGGUGUCAGAAGUGAGGAAAACGUACGCCACUGAGGGAAGCGCGCCCAACCAGGAGGCAUUACAGAUACACGGCACCGGUGGCAUCAAGCAUUGCCAUGACAACAGUCAUGCACUGGAGAAUCGCGAACGAGAGAAGAAAGUUGCCAGGAAGAGGUUGUAUGUGGUCUCUGCCAUCUGCCUGAUUUUCAUGAUCGGUGAAAUCAUUGGUGGGUAUUUUGCAGGAAGUCUUGCGGUGAUGACAGACGCUGCACACCUGCUGGUGGACUUCACCAGCUUCAUCAUCAGCCUAUUAUCCCUCUGGCUCUCCUCCAGACCUGCCACACACAAGCUCAGUUAUGGCUGGCAUCGUGCAGAGAUCCUGGGUGCGCUGCUGUCAGUUUUCACCAUCUGGCUGGUAACAGGAGUGUUGGUUUAUCUGGCUGUGGAGCGGCUCAUCAGCGAUGACUACACCAUCGAGGGCACUGUCAUGCUCAUUACCUCUGGUUGUGCUGUGUUGGCUAAUAUUAUCAUGGCCCUCACCCUUCACCAGUCCGGCCACAGCCACAGUCACGGGGGUCUCAGCUCGCAUGGGCACGGGCACAGCCACAAGAAAGGAAAAGGACACAAUCGGAUCUCAAACCACGCCCACUCAAAUGAUGACAGUGUAGACUUGGAGCAAAAAGGGGUUGAUCAUGGAGGGAAGGCUCAGCAGGCCAAUGCCAGUGUGCGAGCGGCCUUUGUCCACGUGGUGGGAGAUCUUCUCCAGAGCAUCAGCGUGCUUAUUAGCGCCAUCAUUAUCUUCUUCAAGCCAGAAUAUAAGAUGGCUGACCCCAUCUGCACCUUCCUGUUCUCAAUAUUGGUCUUGUGCACCACCUUCACCAUCAUGAGGGAUAUUCUUAUUGUCCUGAUGGAAGGUACUCCAGCAGGGGUGAGAUACAGAGAGGUGCGGGACGGUCUGCUAGCAGUGAAGGGGGUGACAGCGGUCCACAACCUUCACAUCUGGGCCCUCACCAUGAACCAGGCUGUACUGUCUGCACACGUAGCCAUAGACGAGUCAGUGGAUGCUCAGACUGUCCUAAGAGAAAUGACACAGGCUUGUUUCUCCUCCUACAACUUCCACUCUGUUACAAUUCAAAUGGAGAGACAGGCCGACCUGAAGCCUGGAUGUACCCUGUGUGAGGACCCCAAGAUGUAGGAACCUGCCUAAAUUAUUUAUCUGGUCCCAGCAGAAUAAAGCCAAGCUAUGCUUUAGCUGCUGUAACCUCUGGUGAUAACAAUAUUUAGUUGUUCUGCACUGCUCGUUAGACCCUGGAUUCUCAUAUUUUACUGUGACAUUAAUUCUCAUGACUGCGCCUUAAGUGCCUUUGUGUUGACAUUCCCAAAGAAAUGUUGAUGUUGAAAUAACAAUGAGCAUGUGCCUGAAUGAAAGACAAGCCUGCUCAUGAUUGAAAUGAUUUUAAGAAAAGCUCCCUUUCCACAUCCAUGUGUGAAGUUUUAACUUUAAUAUUCACGAGUUACCUCUGCUUUUAAGUGUAUUCAUGUUGAAAUAGAAAUCACAAUGCACUGUAUAAAGUAAAUAUUCAUCUUUUCUUUUAUAUGAUUGAGUGUGUUGAGUAACUGCUAAUUUAUACUUCUAUUAACUAUCCUAAAUACACAUUUUAACUACUGUGUUCGUUUACCUUGAGACCUUAUGUGACGCAUUCAGGCAGAUGACAAACUGCUGUUUGUUUGAGCAUUAACCUAAGACAUAGGAUACAGCCACAGGCAUUUACACACAGUCUGGUAUGUAAAUACAGAUCAAUGCAUAGUUACAUGCAUUGACUACACCAGCAGCCUCAGAAGUACUGUAUGUGGAGAGUAUCAAGUGUAUUUUAAAACAUGAUCAUAAUGCCUUUCCACUGCCUUUGUACAGUUGUAAGGUACAAGCUGAAAUGAAUUAUUCAAUAAAAUAUUUCUUUUUCAUAUGA